AUGCCACGGUUGAAUUUCGACAUCGACGAGGCAGACCUGUUGAAAGCCUAUAAGAUAGGAACUCUCACACCUCUCAAGUGGGAAGAGGUUGAUCAUGACCUCGAGGACUCGGUCGCAGGUGCGCUUCUGAGUCCCGCAAGUGGUGGAGAUGGUGAGGGGGAUCCGUUGGGGUUGAAGAACGCACUCAGAAGCAGGAUGAGGGACUUGGACAUGGAGUCGAAGGCGGCAUGCCUUAUCACCUCCAAGUCAUUCGAUCCUAAAGCGUUUUUAUCCACCGUACAUCCGAAUGCAACGUAUCAGGACCUCGCCAGAGGAAUCGCCCACCUGCAGAACUCCAUCGAAGCUCGUUCGGAGGCUCUCCGGAUUCUCGUCGAGGACAACUUUGAUCGCUUCGUCGCGGUGAAAUCCUCAACCGACGCCCUCUAUGCGGAAAUGAAGGAAGGCAUUCUCUCGGAGAAGACAGAAUACUCUUCUCGCCCACUUCGUGAUCAUCUCAAAAACGGUACCCAGAAAGCCAAUCAAGUCUUUCUUCCAGUUCUAGAGAAUGCAUCGAAAACCCAGAAGUUAAGAACCACGCUUGGGGUGUUUGAACGCUCCAAAUUCUUCUUCAAUCUGCCUAGCUUUAUCAUCGAAUCCAUUGAAGCUGGCCGUUACGAAAUAGCUCUGAGGGACUACAAGAAAGGAAAAUAUUUGUUGGAGAACCGUCCUGGGCAACUUCUACCAAUUGGGACCACGAAAGACCCUGUUGCGACGAAGAACGCAGAGCUUCAGCAGCAGCGAGUCCUCGACAAAGUAUGGAACAGCGUGGAGAAGGCCAUGGGCGAGAUGAGAAACGUGCUUGUGUCGCAACUCCAAGAUGCCACCCGGACCGUGGAUGAACAAGAAAAGACGCUUGAGGUGCUUCUGGAACUACAAUCCAAUGACGAUCCCGUCUGGACAUACUUCGAUAGCCACCACAAACACAUCAUGAAUGCGAUGUCGACAGCUUAUCGGUCUUCCGUCCGCGCUAUAGAAGCAGCCAUUCAGAAGACUGGUAUUGACACUACAGACCCUGAUACGCUGACAGACACCCUCAAGGCACAAAUUCAGGCCGCAAUCGUUGACUUAGAGGCGAAGAAGCCCGACGGCGUGAUCGCCAAAUCACCUGCUGAAUCUGUUUGGCAGGCCAUCCAUGACAUGGUCAAGAGCAUCUCAGAGGCCAUGUUGGCGUCACUUCCCAGCUUUUGGCGCAUCUCAAAAAACUUCAUGGAUGGGAAGUUCAAGAAGCCCAACUCUAGUUCGGGUACCCGUAGAAGUCCAACGCAAUGCCGAACCAUGGCUUUGGACAUUGUCAAACUUUACAUCUCCCUCAUCUCCGAGUUCUUUAAGUUGUCGGAUAUGGCUGUUAUGAAUGCACCUGGCGCCAACAAUACGCCGCCGCCAUUGCUUCCCAAAGAUUCUCAUUCGAUCUCUACGGCCUACUACCUGUCGAAGAUCCUUGUCGACAUUCAAGAGACUGUUAACGACGUAAAUGGAUUGGAGAUUUCUCAAGACACCGGCCUCAAGAGCCUUCUGGAAAGCGCAAAAUGGAGGUUUGAGGACAUUCUCAUCAAUCAUUGGCUACGAGACGCCACUAUGUUUUACUGCGUGGAAGCAUGGGUCUCAAACUCGAGCGAGCCGUUCACAACGCAUUACCUUACGCAAAUAGAGAUUUAUCAGCAACACAUGACCACCGCUGCGUUUAAGCUGGCUGGUGGCGUGGAUCCGUCCUCAUCCCUAACCAGGUCGUCAAAACAAAACCCUGUACCUCAGGCAUUCAUUUCGAAAAUCACGAAGGCAUUCCUGGAUGCCAUCUAUGCAUUCCUGGAUGGUCUGGUCCUGCUCGCUUCCACCGAAUCCCCUAUUGCCAACGGGAAAAGGCCCGAAAUAGCGAAUCUUGUGCUUGAGGGUUCCAAUGCCUUGGAUAUUCUUGAUCUCGCAGACGGUGACACUCGGCUCUUGCUUGUAAUUUCCAAUAUCAACGAUUUGUCAAAAAUUGUUAUCCCAAGCAUGCUGGUGCAACUGGAGACGGCGUUUGGCAUAUCGAUGACGGAAGAUCGCAAGGUCCUCAUGACGGUCGUUAAUGAGCUCGACAAGACUCUUUUCGAUGGCUAUGUGAAGGCGAAAGGCGAGGUUGUGAAUACCAUCAUUCGAGACGGAAUUCUGGACCCCCAGAUGGACUGGUAUGAGACUUCGCAGCCCACCGAGAUUCGGCCUUACAUGCAUGAGACUUUGAUGGCCCUUGUGGGGGUGCACUCCCAAGUUUGUACGACGGCCGAGUCACUCUUGGACCGAACUUUAAAUGCACUUGUCGAGGAGCUUGCAACCGAGGCACUUCGAUGCUUCCGGCAGGUAAGACGCUUCGGGAUGGGAGGAAUGCUGCGUGCCACGCUCGAAAUCGAAUUUUUGCACCAGACGCUGGGGCGAUACGUAACUCCUGCAGCGGCGAAGACACUGUCUGACCUGUACAACCGGAUCUCCCAGGCUUAUGCACGCCGUCCAGGUGAUGAAAACCUGCAGGCGAAUCUAGACGGAGUGAAGAAGAUCCUUGGAGAAACACGCAGGGCAACAGGAAUUGAAUUCCUAUGUUUCAAGCAGGCUCGACCAUCAACAUCUUCGAGCUCUCGCAGUGUAACAUCCUCAAGUGGCCGGCCCCGUGAUAAAGAGGCCCCGUCACGCAACCCCAACUCGAGAGCAUAA